UAGUCGGCCCUACCGAGCCGUAAUGUUCUUCACCCUGGGAGAAGUUUAGGAUUUUGGUUUCAUGUAAGGCAACAGAAGUGAAAGGCCAUGCCCGCCGGCAUGAUAAAGUGAUCCCAUAAGCCCUCGGCAAUCCCGAAUCUAGCCUUUUAUGCCUGGCUGCAUCCUCGGGGUCGAACCGAGGUCGCCGUUAGGCUUCUUGGGCGGUGGAGGAAAGAACUUCGAUCGUUAUACGUCGGUAUUCCUACUAUUUUAAAUCACACCGUUUCAUCGAACUCGAUCGCGCUUAUUAGGUUUUCGAAUUGCUUACAGAAUUCCAGUUGACAUAUUUCGAGACAGGCCUUUAUUGCUAUCAUUUGUGGGAUAUACUUUUGGAAUUGGUAAAUUUGAGAAAACCGAGACCCUAGCAAAGGCCAAGCUUUUUUGUUGGAAAGAUGACAGAAUUCGUUGAUCUUGAGGCGCAGGAUGGUGUUAGAAUGACCUGGAAUGUAUUUCCUGGCACGAAGCAAGAGGCAAGCAGCUGCGUCAUACCUGCAGCUGCCAUUUAUACUCCGCUGAGGCCGAUCCCAAAUGUUCCUGUACUUCCAUAUGCUGCUCUCCGUUGCCGGAUCUGCCGCUCCAUUCUCAACCCUUUCUCCAUAGUUGACUACGCUGCCAAAAUUUGGAUAUGCCCGUUUUGCUUCCAGAGAAACCAUUUCCCUCAACACUAUGCAUCCAUAUCUGAGGAUAAUCUUCCCGCUGAGCUUUUUCCACAGUACACAACAAUCGAGUAUGAGUCCACACACGAUGCAGGUCCUGCAGUGCCUCCAGUUUUUUUAUUUGUCGUUGACACUUGUAUGCUUGAGGAGGAGCUUGGGUACUUGAAAUCCGCUCUUGCACAGGCCAUUGAGUUGCUGCCAGAGAAAUCACUUGUUGGUCUUAUCACCUUUGGAAAUUAUGUGCAGGUUCAUGAGUUAGGGUUUGGGCAAAUGCCAAAGUCAUAUGUAUUUAAGGGAUUGAAGGAGAUUAGUAAGGAUGAAAUUCUUGAUCAGAUGAACUUCUUUGCUGGUAAGCCAAAGCCAGCGGUGGGAGUGAUUGCUGGCGCCAGAGAUGGACUCUCAGCUGAAAGCAUUGCGAGGUUUCUUUUGCCUGCUUCAGAGUGUGAAUUUGUACUUAAUUCAGUUUUGGAGGAACUUCAAAAAGAUCCUUGGCCAGUUCCUGCAGAUCAACGGGCAACAAGGUGUACAAGUGCAGCCUUAAGUGUAGCAGCAAGUUUAUUAGGGGUUUGUGUUCCUGGUUCUGGUGCAAGAAUUAUGGCUUUUGUUGGUGGUCCAUCAACAGAGGGACCUGGCAUGAUUGUUUCAAAGAAUUUAUCUGAGCCAAUUCGUUCCCACAAGGACUUAGAUAAAGGUGGUGCUCCACUUUACAGCAAAGCAGUAAAAUUCUAUGAGGGGCUUUCAAAGCAACUUGUUCAUCAAGGGCAUGUGCUAGAUUUGUUUGCUUGUGCGCUUGACCAGGUGGGGGUUGCGGAACUUAAAGUUGCUGUUGAAAGAAGUGGUGGAAUAGUUGUGCUUGCAGAGAGUUUUGGUCAUUCUGUUUUUAAAGAUUCAUUGAAGCGGAUUUUUCAGGCAAAUGACAAUGAUCUUGGAUUAUCAUUCAAUGGUGUUUUUGAAGUUAAUUGCUCAAAAGAUGUAAAAAUUCAAGGCGUUCUUGGUCCCUGUGCUUCACUUGAGAAGAAAGGUCCUUUAUGCUCUGAAACAGUGGUCGGUCAGGGAAACACAAGUGCCUGGAAAAUGUGUGGCCUUGACAAAAAAACAUGUUUAUGCAUAAUAUUUGACAUAGCAAGGAAAGAUGGGCCUGAUGCAGUUGGGCAAUCCACAAACAGCCAAUUCUACUUUCAGUUCUUAACAUAUUACCAGCAUCAUAAUGGCCGUAUGAGGUUACGCACUACUACUCUCUCGAGAAGAUGGAUUGCUGGUUCUGGCAGUAUUCAGGAUUUGGUGGCUGGAUUUGAUCAAGAAACCGCUGCAGCAGUCAUGGCACGGCUUGUUUCUUUUAAAAUGGAAACAGAGGCUGAUUUUGACCCUAUUAGAUGGCUGGAUAGGUCUUUGAUUCGCCUGUGUUCCAAAUUUGGAGACUAUCAGAAAGAUAGCCCAUCUUCUUUCAGCCUAUCUCCACGCAUCUCAAUAUUCCCUCAAUUUAUGUUUAAUCUGAGAAGGUCUCAGUUUGUCCAGGUUUUCAAUAACAGUCCAGAUGAAACUGCUUAUUAUAGAAUGAUCCUGAAUAGAGAGAGUGUAUCCAACUCUGUUGUGAUGAUUCAGCCCUCUUUGAUAUCCUACUCCUUUCAUUCUGCUCCUGAACCAGUUCUAUUGGAUGUAACGGCCAUUGCUGCUGAUAGGAUUCUACUUUUGGAUGCAUAUUUCACUGUUGUAGUUUUCCAUGGAACGAGCAUUGCACAAUGGCGAAUUGCUGGCUACCACAAUCAAGCAGGACAUGAGACAUUUGCUCAAUUGUUGGAAGCACCUCGUGAUGAUGCUGAUGGGAUAAUUAAAGAACGGUUUCCUGUUCCCCGUUUAGUCAUUUGCGAUCAAUAUGGCUCACAGGCUCGAUUCCUACUGGCUAAACUCAACCCUUCAGUCACGUAUAAUUCCGAUACUCAACUCGCAUCUGGUGGAGAUGUCAUAUUCACGGACGACGUUAGUUUUGAGGUCUUCCUCAACCAUCUUCAAAGGCUUGCUGUUCAGUAAAUGUUUCUUUUUGUAUAGGUUGAGGUUGAGCCAAUAAGCGAUGGCCUCCGUCCCCAGGAAUUAUUUACAUUAUUAAAUCUCUUUUACACUGAGGAAUUCUUGAGAAAAAAUUGUCAUUUUGAUUUCGUUGUGAGUACUAGGAGAACUUGCAUAUUGCAUUUGCUUUUCACGCUUCCUGCCUGGAUUCUGUAGUUAUUUUGCUUAUGUAAAGGUUGCAGGUCAACAUUAUAAAAUGUAUUUAAUUAAAUGCGUAUGUAAAUCUAUGCAAACUCUAUUUUUUUAGUGGUAUUAGUGGUGUAAUUUGAUGAAUGGCA